AUGGAUGCUCCACUCGCGCCUCGCGUUUCCGCCGCUGGGGGAGGGGACCCCACAAAACUCCCCAACAACACGAAGCCGGUGAGCAAGAGCAGCCGUCGCAACCAACGCAGAAGGCAGCGUAAGAGGGAGCUGCGGGAGGCCUCAAAGGUCGCAAAGGUCUCGAAGAAAAUGGGCAAAAAGGCCGGCAAGGAAGGUGGCAAGGUCCCGGUCGCUGAGGAUGUAUAUAAUCACAUUGGCGAAGGGCUGUCAUCAUCGAUGAUCAGUCUGGUGUACGCAGUACCGUGA